AUGAAGAAACUCCUCCUGAUGCUGUUGAAACACCCCCUCCGCGGCCUGAUCUUCUCAUACUCGUUUCUCGUACAGAUCCUGCUGCUGCUGCUCCGACGCGCCUUGCUCCCCCACUUCCCCGUCUAUCAAUCGCUCCGGAUCCAGGUCCAGCGGGCGUACAUGGGCUCGGCGUCGCUGACGUUUCCGGACCUGACGCACCGACUGCCCGUGGGCAAGAUGCCCGUUCGCCGGGCUCGCCAGAUCGAAGGAGGCUCCGUGCCGGCGUAUCUGAUCCCCGGGGCGAGGGACCUGGCGGAGUUCGCGGCGGCGCCAGUGAAGUCGGGACGAGGACAGCGAUGUGUGGUGAUUUACGCGCAUGGCGGGGGCUACGCGCGCGGCGAGGCGAGGAUGUACAUCAACUACAUGGAGCGGUGGAUCCGGGAGGCGUCCAGGGCGGAGCUGGACCUCGUCUUUGUGAGCGUUGAAUACCACGAGCUCAAAAAUGAUGCACAAAAAGCUGACUCCCCUGACACAGCAUUGUCCGUCAAGGAGAGCCAUCCGGCUCAGAAGAAGGCGUUCCUCGAAGUGUACAGAUACGUACUCGACCAGAACAUCCAGCCAGAGCGGAUCGUCUUCAUGGGUGACUCGGCCGGAGGUUCACUCUGCCUCCUCGCACAACUGGACCUCCGAGGCGUCGGCCUCCCACAACCCGCCGCGACGAUCCUGAUAUCCCCGUGGCUCGACAUGAACUGCAAAGUGUACCAGGGAGGAAACGGCGCCGUCGAGACCGACUACUUCAUGGUCGCCAACCACGCCGUGCCGGCCCUCGCGAAGCUCUUCGUCGGCGCCUUCCCCGCCGACUCGCCCGAGGUCAACCCUCUCCACCACGCGCCCGAGGCGCUCGACGGCCUGAGCCCGCAGCUGAUUUUUACAGGCGGGGCGGAGUUUGCGCGCUACGACUCGGAGAAGUGGGCGGAGCUGUGUCGCGCCGCGGGUGUGGAGUGCAAACUGGUCAUCGAAUGGGCGCAACUGCACAUCUACGCGGUCGGGUCAAAGUUCACGGAUCCGGCGGUGCGUAGGAAGACGGACGAUAUCAUCAUCCAGUGGAUCAAGGAGCAUGUCCGAGAGUGA